AUGAGCCAGAGGUUUGAAGAGAGCACUCCUUCAAAGGAAGAAGAACCAGAAGAAGAGCAACAGAAGACAGCCGAGAAAACUUUGAACUAUGAGUAUGAAGAUUCGACUAUGAAACAACUGAUUGAUGAAGCAUGCCGUUCGGAAUGGAACAAGUACAUUCGCUACUCUGCGGCUGUGCCUUUGGACAAUGGAAGACCCAACGGUGAGGACGCAACCAAGAAUGACUUGACCCAACUACGUUCAGUCGUAGGUAGCCUUUCGUGGGUAGCCCGACAGGGACGUCCGGAUCUGUUGUAUGUGGUAUCUCGCCUUCAAUCGGAAGUGAAGGGAGCAACCGUCCAAACACUGAGGGAUGCCAACAAGGCCGUGCAAAUGGCUCAGGCCGGUAGGGAUGAAGUGUACGUCAAUUUUCCACUCAAAUUGAUGGAGUGGAAGGAUGUAAGAGUUUUGUCUGUCUCAGACGCCUCGUUCGCAAACGAACCAGGGUCGAAGUCCCAGCAAGGUAGAUGUCAAUUCCUGGCACCUAUCCGACAGUUGAAGACUUUAGGUCAGACAGAGUUCGACGUUUAUCCAAUCUCAUUUUCAUCAACCACCAUCAAAAGGGUUUGUCGUGCCACCUUGCAAUGUGAAGCCUAUGCGCUCCAAGGGUCAAUGGAAUCCGGAGACAGGAUCCGAGCCCUUCUCUCAGAGAUGAGCAACUGCGUUCCCGUAGGGAUGAAGGAUUGGGAGAGCAUCAGUAGGCAACAUUGUCCGCAACUGUGCAUGUCAGAUUGCAUGAGCUUGGUCAACCACCUGAAUGCACAGAUCAUGGCGCGUUGCCAAGACAAGAGAGACGACCAAGACGUCGAGACCUAUGAGAAGUAUGAGAACGGAGGAGACAAACUGAUAUGGUUCCAUAUGUCGACAAUGGUAGCCGAUGCGCUAACCAAGAAGAUGAAGCCAGAUCUUCUCUUGAAGGUUCUACGCACCAACCGCUAUAGCGUGGAACUUGUACAGAAAGAGAAGAAAUGA